AUGAUUUAUAGUAAGGCCAUUUUUUUCUCGGCAUAUAUUGCCGCUACGAAUGCCUACACUAUCAAAUUUAACGUUCUAGGAUUUGAAAACGUUUCUGAAAUCCGCAGGGUGGAGAUAGAAAUGCAUAUUCUUGAACAAUACGAAGCGUAUGUGGCUCGUGGUCUAGAAUUAGGAAAAGUUCAAGAGCCGUUCAAAGUUGACUGGGAUGGAAUGGAUGUCAAAAGGGUACCUGAAGCAAUGGGAUAUACUAUCCCUGGGACAGUCGGCCGUGAGAGAUGCUUCAAUAUCAUUCCACCCAUCUUCACCCAAAGGACUCCAGAGGUGGUGGUGAAGGAUCGCUACAAGAUAAAUAAUCUCCGGGAGGGGGAUGUAGCGGAAUAUUUCCCUCCACCAUUUCUUUUGAAUCCCAUACAACGAUCAAAAAACCCUCCAGAAUGGGAUCCGAGGUUACCUUUAAACGCUCUGGUCGCCCCGAAACUUCCCGAGGUGGAUAUUACUGAGAUAACUAUAUUUUCACGGCUUGAUCCGGAGGCUUGGAAAACCCUCGGCCCGGCUGGACCUCCACCACUAGCGAUAGCAUUGUAUUCACGACGAGAUUGUUUGUCUAAAGGGAAUAAGCAUACCCCAGAUGCGGUCAUUCGGUACUUUGAUGGUGAAGGCAGCCAAGUUGUACCCAUGGAUAAACUAUCCCCGGAGACUGGAACUCUACGAGCACAAUCAUGGGAAGAGUUAGAUGUGAACAGUGAGUGGUGGUCCGCUGCCAUCGGAGAAGUACCAGUGCAACCUAAGACAAGAUAUGGGGGCACACAGGCAAAUCCUGGACUAUUAUCUCUAAGGCCAGCAGGUAGCACAGGUUCUGACAAGACAGCUGGUAGCAAUGGGUCUGGGGAGAAACUAACUCCUACUCGCACUGAUGUUGGGGAUGCAUACCUGACUGCAAACGGUGAUAGACCACAACAAUAUAUAAAAGAUGUGGUCGAGGCUGGGCAUGAUUUUGAAUUUUAUAUGGCUGAUGAUGCCUUGGAUUCAAAGCAAAUUAUGAGGCAGAAAUGGAAAGGCCUGGAAGAUUAUGGGUAUGGUGGUCCCAACAAGUUGAAGCCACGCGUUAAAACAACUGGGUUGGAGUAUCUCACUGUAGACUGGGCUCCAGAAGUGAAUACUAACUCCGCACCUAACUCUGCUUUAUUAUCAACCGGGGGAAUUGAUGCGGAUGGUUAUGAGACUGUCAGCCCAGGUCGCCGCAAGCCAGAAGGUGGGGUUGAGUUUUCAGUCUAUAAUCCAUUCGAUGAACCUCUUCCAAAAGAAAAAAAUAAACCGACUUCAGUGUUCCUCAAAGAAAAUCAGGACAGUGAUGAGAGUAUUCUACCUCCGUUACUGCCUCUCUCAUCUUCAGAGGAGGGAGACACGAUACAAUUGCAGGAUGCCUCGGAACUUUGGGCUCAGAGCAAUGCUGGUGCUGCUGCAGAUCCGGAUUUAGAUGCACUAGAUCUUUACCGUUUCAGGUCAGGGGGUAUGACGUCUGGUGGGAGCGACCCUGAGCGGGAAGAUGCCGUUGGGUUAGAUAUUCUCGAAGAGAGCUAUGUUAAUGAACUGGAUGAACUAGAAUAG